ACCACAAUAACACGGAUGAUAUUACGCGGUGGACACUUACAUGAGGGAAUAGUCAGUGUUUUACAGCAGGUUAGCGAAAAUAACGUCUCAAUACUGGUCGUAAAAUAACUGGAUAAAUCCAAACUAACAGGAACGAAGACCUUGUUGAAGCAGGAAAUUAUUUCACAUCCGUCAUGUGAACUUAAUGACACAGAGCUUCAUUAGCUGCAUCAUCGCUUCGUCACCUUCUGUGGACUUCUGUUUCGUUUCGCCUUGACAGAUAAGACUGAACGAAGUCUCAUCAUGUUCAGUUUCCUUGGUCUCCGCAAAGACUCGAAGAAAUCCACAUCGGACAAGGACACAGAUGGAGGCUUUGUUUUCAUCGGAGAGACAGUUGAGGAGCAGAGGAGGAAGAUGCAGACCAUGAACAUUGCACAACCGACGACUAAUGUGAUAGUGCAGCCAUCAAAGCCGUCUUAUCCAGCUGUACCUGGCAACAGAGAGCUUCACACACAGAUACCCUGCACGGGGCCGGCAGCGGGGCCCUCAGCAGUCGCAGACGCUGCCUCCUCUCUCCCGGACGUCCUCGGGGACAUUCCCUUCACUUUGGCUCCUCAUGUCCUCACCAUGCAAGCAGGAUUCUCCCUCAUCCCGGAUGUGCUGCUCUCCCGGGACAUUAACUACAACCUGGCUAAUUUUCAGUAUGACUUCACUUUAGAGAACUCGGUGCUCCAUAAUGCCUAGUUUCUUCUUUUUUUUUAUGUUAAUAUCAGCAGGAGUUUACACUGUGGGGGAGCUUAGCAGCUUGUUGGUAAAUGAGAGAAGUUCAAGCUCUACAGCAGACAAUAGCUGAGCUGCAAGUGUCAUUGUGUAGGAUUCUCAGAUUAACUCCCCGAUUAUUGUAGUUUAAUUUCAAACUUGACCCAUGGAAAUUAGAUGAUAUUGAAAAGGAACAGAGGCAGGGAAAUCUCACUGUGUCGAAACCAAAUGACGAGUUGUAACUUAAUGGCUUUGCUGGGAACAGAGUGGACCUUUGUUUGAACUGUUCCUUGUGUGAACACUACACUUUGUAAAUAAUGACAUUGUUUAAAUGCCCGACAGGAUAAAUAUGGUUUACCACAACAUUGCACUCACAGUGAGAUUACGCCAUAACAACCCAAACAUACCUGAAUUGUUAAUGUUAAUCUUUCGCUUCCCAUAAAUACUGUAAAUAUGACGGGUCAAAGUUGAACUAAGACACAGGUCAAUACUUUUGAAUAGAUCUUUUACUCCAGGUAAUAAUGCUGUCAUUGACUAACCUGAUAACCUUCUUCGCAACCUAUGUGCUCGUCCAUUUUCCUAUUCGAGUUCUGCUACCCCCAUCUGAAUCUAAGAAGUUCAGAAAAAAGUAGCAAAAUUCAAAUUUCUCUCUCAAUUAUACAGUAAAAUAUGACUUUAUGUAUGGACAGCAUAUCUCCACUCCCCCCACACUUUAACAAAAUGAAGAGCUGUAGUUGUGAGGCCACAACACAGUAUAAGGUUGCUUUGUAAUUGGUUGUUGACGCAGUGUAUGUGAAUUUCCGUUUUCGUAAAUAUGGCGGAACAGCUUUCUAGCUGACAUUAUAAUCACCUAGCAGUUUACCACUGAACAACCUCACCAGACAAGAUGAAGGCAAAAGUCUCAAUAAUGGGCCCUUUUUUUAUGGCAGACAUUUUGUCAGAUCGCACAGUAGGAAAAGCAAAGGUGUAAAUAGUUGAAUUAAUGUGGCUGAGCUUCAUUUAGCUUCCUCUGUGUCAUCAUGGCUGAUGUUUAAGGUUGUUGAGCUGAAGAGAGCCAUCACUGGUAUGCCGCUUUCCUCCUGAAAUGUGACAAAAUGGUUGCUUUAUAAGGGUUCAUAUGCGGCGACAUGUUGCACUGAUUUGGCGUGAGCAGGUACACUCACAAAUAUAUGAAAAUCCUACUUGCACUUUUACUUCUCUUCAUUUCAUCCACGUCUAUCUGCCUUCAUGAAUGGGACCGAGUCCCAUGCCACAGCCAGCCACCAGGGGGUGAUUGAGCUGCAUUGCAUUUACAUUUGGGGAGCUGGCAUGUCGUUUAUCACUUUGCUACAUAGCACUCAUAACGUUGAUUUAUUUUGUAGCCACCACAUCAACAAUAUAAUAAAAUUUGUUACAUGAUUAUUGUUUUUUUUUUUUUGGGAAGGGUUAAAUUCGUAUUUCGCGUUACAGCCGCAUGAGUAGAGCUCUGGUUCUCAGUUCCGCCAAACUUUCAGUCACGUUGGCAUCAGACACAUCUGUACAGUCGGACUACUUAAAAGCAGAAUUUGGUCUCGUACACAGUCAUGACAUCAGUGUGUGUGGAAGCCAGAUCCAGUCGACAUUUUAACUCGUUUUUUCCACAGCCCAUUUAAUAAAUCCAAUCUCUAUUUGUA